CUAUAGUGAAGAAAUUGAAGUAUCCGGCACACCUUGAGAGUUUAAAAAUACAAUCCGGACACAGUCUACUAUAUAAAGGUGUUUAAUCUGUCAAUCCGUCAAACCUUAUUCAUACUCAUCACCUGAGAGAUUUAAACUGAUACGAUUCUCCUGAAAGAUUGACCAAAAACAUAGCAUACAAAGCAUCUAAUACUAAUAACUGACAAUGAGUAAAGAAUCGUGUACCGUUGGAAUAGGAAAAUUGAGGCAUGUUUCUUUGUCAAUAUUGCAAGAUGUUCUUCUAAACCUGUACAAUGUCAAGGUUAAAGUCGAGAGUUUGGAUAAACCAUUCAAAUCCAACAAAGAACUUCCGACCAGACGCGCCAUAGAUAUGAAAUCGGCAAGUGAUGUCGUCCGCCUCAGACUUGAAGGUAUUUUUACUGAUAAAGAGGAAAGAAAAGAAUGCUUUGAGGGCAUUUGCUCCAAAAUCAUCGAAAGCAAAAGAGUCAAGGAUAUUAUUGAUCAGCUGGAGAUGGCGGUAGAGUUAGCUUCAGAUACAGUAAAGGAAUGGAAAGUUGAAAAUGAACUUUUCGUAGGAAUAAUUCCUAACUAUUCCGGUGAUACCAUCUUGUUUGAAGCAACUAUUGAUGACGAAACAAACAAGCUACACCUCCACUGGGACAACGAAAAAUUAUCAUCAGACUUCCUGCCCGCCGUUUGUGGUUUAUCACAAACACUCCGUAAUGAGUCAAGGCAACCGUCAUUAUUUGAGUAUGUGGCCUUUCAGAUUGCUUAUUACAACAUUGCACAUGGUCAUCAGGGAAGACACACAACAGCUAGAUGUCUUGGAACUCCAGGCUUCCGACCAUACACCCAAACCUAUAUGUCUUUGACAGACCCAGGCGAUGGCCACGUGCUUGGUACGACACGUUUCAAUGAUUGGAUGAAAGGUGCUAUUGUACACGUUGAACAUUUGGAACGACCACGUCAUUUACCCAGAGAAAAAAUCGAAUCUUAUCGCAUCCCGUCGAUAAUUGACUUUGCCAGAGUUCGCCUUCAUGUAGGGCCAAACGCACCAACAACAUAUUUUGUUGGAAGAUGUGUUAAAGAUUCAGGUGAUUUCAAAGAAGACUUUCUGAAAAUUGUGAAUAUAACAGCAGCCUCUGCAACUGCCGCUUUUAACCAAGGUGCAGCCGAGUGCAAGGUGUCCAUGGAAGGUCUAUCGACGUCACAAGCAGUAAGAUACAUGUUGGCACUCCGUGGUCAAGUUAUAAAAAAGAAAAGGCAAAGCUUGUCUGCAGCCUGGAAUCUCAAUCAAGUAAUUUUAGACGACUACGAACGAGAAAAUCCAGCUCAAUUAAAUCAAAGAAUGGAAAUCGGGACAAGAGCCAUAGAAAUCACCGUCAUCGGUGGAUUUGAUAAGAUCACGUGGGAUGGAGCCAGCGAUACCUACCCUUCUAAAUGUAUUAUGUAUCAGCUCACAUUUGAAGAGGCCCUAACAAUAGUACACGAAGCACAUCUUCGUGGACUUGUCACAUAUUUCUCAGCGGGAUUUAAAUUCAACGAGAUUAAACAUGCUGUUUAUGCUGGUGUGGAUGGUAUUGGAAUUGGUGGAGCACAGGUAUUGAGGUUCAUGGAUAGCGAAACCGGAAUGCAUGGUCCGUAUAUGGAAGAAAACAUCCCAAGAAUAAUGGAAAGCCGAGAUGAAGCAGCAAACUCAUUCAGAGGAAAAGGAGUUAAACUUUUAGCAAGACUUGAUACAAUGUUCUACGAAGGAUCGAUCUCAGAGGAUCAAAAUUCUUCCAGACAAGAACUAUUUUCAGCACUUCUCAAUAUCAACAAGGAGAAAAUUGAGGAACUCGUCGAUCGUCUGGAUGACGUCACAAAAAUGAAGAAUGAGGGAAAUGAACCGUUGAUCGGAAGAGCAAUGCGCCUGUAUGAAGCUGGAAAUCCUUUGCUGAAGCAAUACUUUGAAUCAGAAAGCGAAUGGCUGCAUUUUCUAAGCGUUUUGAAAAGUUAUGUUGCUGCAAAGGAUGUUGAUUCUAUCAGUGAAGAAUACGACAGUGACCCGUGGUUGAAUGCUCGUAAACAGUACCGAAUGUGGCAAUGGCAUGCUACAAAGUGCAUUUGCCGUCAGACCUCAUUUGAGGUCCACUGUAAAUCAUACCAAUAGACCUCAUUAUGUUUUUUUUCUUUCGAGGAAGGGUAUAUUUUUUUCUCAAGAGUAAUGAGUUAUCUAUUGCUUUUGACAAUGCAUGGUCUUUGUAUUAUUGUUCCUCGCGUUUAUGUUUGUUUUUUAUUACUUUUUAUCCACAUACAUUUACUUUUAUAAACUUAAAGGUUUGUGUAUGCAUAAAUGUUCUGUUAUCCAUUGUGUUUACCAAGAGUCUUUCAAGUUUAUACGUCUUGUACGUAUUUUGUAAACUUCUUUUUACCAAAGUCUUUCGUAUAUUUUUUUAUGUUUGUUUUGUCAUCAUUGUGUAGUUAAAAACACCUUUUUUGUUAUGAUUUUCAUUUAAUUUAAGACAUCGACCAUGAUUCUUUUGCGAAAACGUCAAUGUGGUUUUUCUUGGCCAAAUUAUGUUGGCUUAAUUACUAUGUUUCGAUAAAAAAAAAAUACCUUCAGAUUCAAAUAAUCAUACAUAUCUCCCUUUAGAAAAUGGAAUUCCGCAUUACCAUAGAUCUUUGAAUUGGCUCAUACUUUAAAUUCAAUUCUAUUUGACAUUUUUGUUUUUAUUCCAAAAUAGUUUGAAAUAGUACAAUGUAUGUUCGUUAAGUAAAGCAUCUUAAAUUGAAGAAAACAAUACUCUGACUAAAAGAUAACAACGGUGAGAAAGCAACCCAGAAUAUUACAUUAUUUUUGUUUUCUGAGCUUUAACUUUAUAUCUCUGACGUUAUAUCACCAUAAUUUUAAAACAAAAUGCAAACGUUGAAAAUGAAACUGCAAUGCCGGUCAAAACCGUCAUGCCCGAGUGCCCGAGGAACAGAGUUCUUCAAAAUAAAGUUGUGAUGCAGAUUUUAAAUUCAUAUAAUUUAUGCUGGACAAUAUUGAAACAGAUCUCAAAUAAAUCAUGAAAUCCUCUCAUCUCUUGUGCUAUGGUAAAAUGUUUUAUAUUCUUGUUUUUUCAUAUUUGCAAAUGUGCUUUGACUAUUUGCCUUUUUGUGAUUUUUUAUUGAUUUGUUUGUUUGUUUUUGUAGUGAUUGAGAUUAUUACACAAUGUUGACUUUUGUAACCCUAUUUUUUUACAUUUUUACCUAUAAAUAUGAUAAUCGUAGUGAUAAUUUGAUAAGAGGCAUGAUGCCAAACAUAAG